AUGAAUAUUACUGAGGAAGAUAUUAAUAUUUUCUUCUAACAUAAAAUUUAAUUUGAAGCUGUUUAGAUUGUGUUGGAAAUUUCAAAAGACAAAAGAAUUAAAUUAGCUGAUGAAGAACUUAGUAAAAUUAGUAAAUUAUAAGAUAUUUUUAUUUCUAAUAUUGCAAAAUCAACCCAUUUUAAUGAAAUAGAAGUGUUCAAACUAUGUCCUAAUACUAAAAUUAGCUUAGAAAAUAUGAUUGCGUUGCUCAAUUCAAAUAUUUUCAAAAGAGAUUUUGAUAUUUAAUAGUUGUCUUAAAAUUUGGAAGUUGACAAUAGUUAUUUCGAAGCACUUCAAUUACCUAAUAUUUCUAAUGAGGAAGAAGAAAAAGAAAUGGAUACUUUCCUUUCUAAUUAUUUAUAAAAAUUAAAUGCUUUAAUUAAUGAGAGUUAGAAGGAAUUCUUAUAGGGAAAAUUGAAAGAAAAGCCUAUACUUUUAGAUAAUUUGUCUUAUGUAGAUUUUUCUAAUAAUAAAUAUUUAUGGAGUGAAGAAGAUUUAAAAAAUGAAAUCGAAAAUAUUAACAAAAUUAGGAAUGGAGAGACUCAAAAAGUUAAGGAAAAAGAAACCUAAUAAGAAGCUGAAGAAGAUGAAGAUGAGUUAUUAAAAAAAGCUGAAAAUAAUAAUAAUGAUGAAAAUUACGAUUAAAAUUAAUAGGAGGAUAUAUAAGAAGAAUAAUAAAAGGUACAAGAAACUAAAUAAGUCGAUAACAAAUAAACAGAAUUAACUGAAAAAGAAUUAACUGAUAAUAAUAAUUAAGAGGAAGAAGAUAAAUUUGAUUUCGUCGGAGAAGCAGAAGAUAAUAAUAAUUAAAAUAAUAUUGAUGGAGAAAAUUUUGAUGCAAACAAUGAUUAAUAAGAAGAAUAGUAAUAAUAAUAGCAACAAGAUGAUUAAAAUAUCUUUGAGGACGAAGACUAAAAUAUUAAUGCUAAUUAAGAAAAAGACACUUAAAUAGUUGCAAAGGAACCAGAUAUAAAUGAAAAACUCGAAAGUAUUAACCAAAACCAAAUUAAAUAUUUAAAUUAGAAAAUAGUCAAGAGACUCGAAAAAGAUCCUGAUACAAAAAAACAAAUCGAAAAACUUAAAACAUAUCAAUCUCAUUAUUUACAAACCCAAAAAGAAAUAGGAAAUGAAUCCCAAAACUAUGAUGAUAUAAGAAUAAUUUUUUAAAAUAUUGCAAAUGUAGGUUUAUAUGAAACUAUUAAUGUCAUAGUAAAAUUGAAAUGGCAAAAAAGUUUUUUUUCGUUAAUUUUAUUAGGUAUUUUGGUCUUUCCAUUUACUCUUUUCCAUAUUUUUAUGGUUUUAAGCAAUAGAUUUACUAUUUGGCUUGCCUAAUAUUAGUUUUCGUUUAAGUUUUUUGAUAAUGAUAAAGUCUAAUUUAUUGCAGAAAUUAAUAAAAAUGUGCCUGAAGGUAUUUCAAAUGAAGAUUUUUACUUUGAUGAGGACGUAGCUUAAUUAGAUGCUAUUUUAUGCCGAAGAGUAGACUUGGAAAAUUAAGAGUAGAGCAAUUUGAAAGAAAAUGCAAGGCUCAUUUGUAAAUAUUUAAAAGAUCCUCAAAAGUAUAACUUUAAUAAUAUUUUCUAAUAACUAUAGUAGACUAAUAAAAAAUAAAAAUUUAAUCUUUUAAAUUAUGUAGAUUUGGUAUUUUUCUUAAAUAUGGUAAUUUUUUAAAUUGGAAUUUGUAUCGUUUAUAAUGUUGUGAGAUUAAAUUUAAAACAUUAAUGUUUAAAUUCUGAUGAUUUUUAUGAUGUACCAUUUUAUGUGAUUUCUGUUAUUUAGCUUAUUAUUGAGGCUGGGUUUAUGUUUUAUUUGUAAGAAAUUAUUUGUACACAAAAAAUUUUCACACUUAAAAGUGUAGGGAUUUGGUUCCAUUUGUACACUUCGUUUAUGUCAAGGUAUGAUAUGUAUACAGAUAUGAUUUUUUCGCUUAACACUUUUAUUUGUGAGGAAUUGGGUGCUGUAGAAUUAGGUUUAAUAAGUUUGAUUGUAAUGUUAGUAAACAUGACUUUAUCAUUAAUAAGCUAAUGUUGGGAAUUUUAUGAUAUUUAUCAAAAAAGAUAAAGUGUAAUUAAGUAAAAUGGAAAGCAUUCAUUACAUAAUACUACUUUUAUUAAUGAAUAUACAAAACUUUCUCUUAUUUAAGAGUUUAGUGCCUUAGGACAUGUUUUGGAUAGGUUUUCGACAUCUUCGGCUAGUGAUCUUAGUGGAUUUUGGGUUCCUAAUAGUUUAGAACAUACAAAAGUUCCAUAAGUUUUGAUUUCAAAAUUUUAAAAAGUAUUUUUAGAAGACAUGCCUUAGUUAGCCAUAUUGCUUGCUUUUAAUUUUAGAAAAAGUGCAUCUUUUAAUGAUUGGAAUAACUUAAAAGUUAUACUUUCAACUUUACUAAACUUGUAUAAUGCUUUAAGUGCGGCUUGGGUUGCACGCCCGAGUAUAUUUAGAACUUAUAUGAUGAGAGAAUAUUUAGAGUUUAGAUAGCAAAAUUAAGAUUUAUAUAGAUUAGAAAUAGGGUUUAAGAAAUCAAAUACUUAUCUUUUAGGCAUUGAUAAAACAAUAAGUAGAAUUCUUAAUUUUAAUUCUAAAUAUACAAUGGUUUAGACAAAACAAACUACUAAUAAGAAAUAAGAGAAUUAAAAAGAUAAAGAAACUAUUAAAGAUGGAGUUAGUUAAAGUUAAGCUUAAAGUUAAGCAAAAAAGCAGAGUUAAAGUUAAGUUUAAUCAGUUCAUUCUUAAUAAAAGAGUGAACAUAAUAUUUCAGAAAAAGGAUAGAAUGAUAAUUAAUCGUAAGUUAGUGGGAAGUCAGGAAAUAUUAAUAAUAGUAAUAAUAGAUAGUCUUAAAAUUAAAUUGGAAGCAAUAAUAAAAUAAGUAAAAAUAUUUUUAAUUUAAUUUUUUUAAUUUUUAUUUUUUAAGGUAAAACAAAAAAUAAAACUAAGUCAAUUGACUCAAAAUAAUUUCAGAUAAAACUUUUCGAAUAUUUAAUGCAAAAAGAAAAAUAAUAUAACUUUGAUGAUAAUAAUAAAUAAGAUUGA